AUGCCUCGGCCUAGAAGACCUGGUGCACCAGAACCAAAGCGUCGAAGCCGUAAAGGAUGUUGGCCAUGCAAAGCACGCAAGGUAAAAUGUGGCGAGGAGAAACCGGCAUGUCUUAAUUGUCAACGACAAGGCGAUCCUUGCGAUUAUAGCGUCCGUCUGAACUGGGGAGGAAGGGCGAAACGCAUGUCAAUUGACUCGCCAAAUUCACAAUCUAGUGGGCAUGGAGGGAGUAUGAUUAGAUUUUCGGACUCAUUCGCUAUCAACAACCUGAGCCCGAUUUCGUUCCCCACUCCAACAAGCAACCCUGCAGAUGGAUUUCUCAACACUCACCCCGGGGAGUUGACUUCACCGAAAGCAAUAUCUCCAAGUACACCAGCAUCAGUGGGCCUUUUCGAAUCCCCCAGGCUCGGUUCCCGCUCCGAAGGAAUGGUAUCGCCAGAUCAAUUAGAGUCCCAGUUCUCGACAACUUGGGCGGAACAAUCUCCUCCAUUGACAACAUCAGUAUCCUCGGCGCCUAUAUUACAAUAUCAAUAUGGACAACAGAGUUUUGAUACCCAAUCAUAUCUGGGUUCGAUGGAUCAGACAUCUGGUCUUAGGUCAUUGUCUGCCUUCGCAUUCCAUACAAAUCCUGUGUCGCAGCCAGUCUCAUACCUACGCCACUCUGUAGAUGAUUCCAGCCACAUCUCUGAUCCAUCUAUCUUCCUCUCCCGUGGUGAAGGGCAUCUUUCUCGGGAGUCACAUGAUGAACAGGGCAUGCAUAUUGGCGCUGGUUCUGGGACAGAGCAAAACGUAUCUUCACAAAGCCCGCAGGAUAGCGGGAUGCCCUCUAUGCUUUUCGAUUCACACCGAGUAUCUAUCGUUGAAAACGAUGCAGGCUCGUCUCCGAGGCUCCGCGAGACAGCCACCAACAUUGGCUCUGUACAAGACUAUCACAAUGAAUUAACUUUGGAUCGUCAGGUAUUGGAAGAGCGCAAUCAUGAAGCCGAUCAAACAUCUCACGAGUCGUCAAUGGCCCAAAGCAAAUGGCAAACAUAUCUGAAUAAUGUGACCGACAAUUACGGAUUGGACUCUGGGCGCCCUGAUCAGGAUUUGACUUUCAACAACGACCAUGCUGCCAUCGACAUCAAUUAUGCGUUGGAUUUGAUCAGUUCUCGGUUGCGCAACGAGGAACCCGCGCAGCCGCAAGCCUCCCAACCCGACCCCGAACCACAGGUCCAGUUUUGUAGUGGUUACUAUGCUUCCCCGGUGCCCAUCAAUGUUCCAAGAUAUUUGUCGCCGCUUCCCUCAUCGCUGCUGGAGAAUCCCAUCAAUCUGAUGUACUUCCAUCAUUUCCUGAACCAUACUGCUAGGAUGCUUGUCCCGCAUAACUGUGAUAACAAUCCGUUUAUCUCGGUUUUGCCGUCCAUGGCAACCUGUGAUUCCAAUCUCCUCAAUUUGCUGCUUGCAUACUCCGCUAGUCAUCGUGCUCGAUACCUAGGCCAUCCCGAGCCUGCCAAUCGAAUCGCUCAUUGGGUUAGCGAUGUGUUCCCGACCUUGCGUAUGGCAUUGGAGUCAUCAAGUGAAGACAUCACUGACAGCCAUUUGGCUACGGCCAUAAUGUUGUUGUCAUUAAAGAUUGUUUCUCCAGGGACAUUUGAAGUGCCGAUCACCUGGAAAACCCACCUCAAACUUGCUCGCGAUUUAUUCCUCGCACGGAGCGAGCGCAUGGCGCAGCCUGGGAAUAGGAUUGGGGCGUUCUUCGCUCGUUGGCUGGGCUAUCUCGACACGAUGGGAGCUUUGUCAUGUCGCGAAGCCGGCCCUCCACUGAUGAUAUACCACUCCAUCUUAACAGCUUGUUCCGCGCCCGAUGGACAUGAUGAAUUCGGUGUUGACUGCUUCACAGGGUUUACUCCCCGCACUGGAGUAUUUCUGAUUCGUCUUGCUCAGCUGGUACAGGAAUGUGAUAAUCAACGCUUCGACGAAAUGGGCAACUUCCGACAUGACUGGCAUGCGUCUCCGGAAAUGGUUCUAGAAGGGCAGUCCUUACUUGGUGAUAUCGACGACCGGGUCAGCGAGGGUGCUCAUACUAGCUCAGAACACUAUCAUGGCCUCGAGUCCGCGGACAUGAUAGCCAUUGAAGAAGCCUUCCGGUUUGCUGGUAUUCUGCAUCUCCAUCGGCGUGUCCUUGGGUCUUCGCCUGAAUCGUUCCCCGUGAAGGAGGUCUUGCGCAAGCUCAUUGACGCCCUUGGACGCAUGCGCCCUGGUGCAGCCACUGAAGUCUGCUCCUUGUUCCCACUCUUCACUGCCAGUUGCGAAUGCAGCGAUCCAGUUCAAAAGAAUAAGCUUUUGGACCGGUUGUUUGUCUUAGAGAGCUCGGGCAUGAAACAGAUUCAAAAUGCACGUCAACUGAUGCAAGAAUGCUGGGAUAAAAACCUUCCUUGGAUUGCCCUGGCUAGUGGUCAGUUCUUAGGUUAG